AUGGGUAGCAUAACAGCAACUACGUUCCAAGAUCCUUUUCAAAAAGUCCCAACGGGCCGAACUGAUGGCCUCGCAGCUCUCGUUGGGAAGUUCCGAGAGGAUACCGAUCCCAACAGAACUGAUCUCCUUGUGGGAGUGUAUAAAACGGAGGAGGGAAAGCCGAUAGUUUCAACCCAGACUCUCGGCGCAAGUGGCGGAUGCCAUGUCGGUGCAGUCCUGUUGAAAAAUCAUUAUGGACCGUGGAAGGAGAAUGGAAACCCCGAGAUUUUCCUUCCGAGCGACUCCUGGUUGAAUCAUCCUUUCGUAUUCACGUCUGCGGGAAUUAAGGCCAGUCUUCUGCCUUAUUUUAGCAGCAAGACAAACAAUUUCGAUUUUGAGAGGUUUUCAGAGGCCAUCAGAUCGUUGCCAGCUCAAUCCGUCGUGCUUCUCCAGUCUGGUGCCCAGAACCCAACUGGAUGUGAUCCAUCACCGGAUCAGUGGCGAGAGUUGGCCUCGAUCUUCUCCCAGCGCGGUCAUUUGGCAUUCUUCGAUGCUGCAUAUCCCGGAUUUGCCUCGGGAGACAUUGAUACGGAUCUUGCCGGUGUUCGUUUGUUUGCCGAGCAAGAAAUCCCGCUUGUUUUCGUCUCAACAUACGGCAAAUCCUUCGGGCUUUACAGCGAGCGUGUUGGAAUUCUCUCGAUUCUUGUUUCAAGCGAAGAGGUGGGGAAGAACAUAGAAACGCAAUUGAGACUACUCGCACGAGCGGAGUCCGGCGCACCGCCCGAUUUCGGGUCCAAGAUUGUUGAAACAAUUCUCUCGGAUGAGACUUUGGAGCGCCAAUGGCGGCAGGAAGUGCGCGAUAUGGCGAACGAACUCAAGCGCCGUCGAGUUGCGCUAAGGGAAGGAUUGGAGAAACUGGAAACACCAGGUAGCUGGCGGCAUCUCACUGAUCAGAACGGAAUGUUUUCAUAUGUUGGACUGUCCGUGGAACAAGUUACUCUUCUCCGAGAGAAGCACCAUGUUUAUCUUCAGGACUCUGGGAGAAUAUCUAUCGCUGGGCUCAACAACUUCAAUAUCGAUUACACUGCUCGCAGCAUCAGUGCUGUCGUCAAAGCUACAACCUAA